UAAUAAUAUUCAGGUGAUAAAAAUCCCAAAUCAUAAAAAUGUUCAUCUUUAUUCCCCACCAACCAAAACCCUUUGUAGAAAAUCUACAAGCUCAUUGUUAAGAGUAGAGUACAAAACAAUGUAGGGAUGGAUAUGUGACCCACACACUCAAGAAACAACAUUUGGGUUUUAUUCAGAUAUCUGUUUCUUCUGUAACUCAUAUUGAAGCCAUAUCUUAUUAUGGCUUCUAAUGGGUAUCUUCCUACCCUUGUGUUUUCUCCAGAACAACAAGGGUUGAAUAGAGUACCCAAGGACUCUCAACAUCCUUUGCCUAUUCAUGGCUUACGGGACGAUCUCAUACGUUCAAGUCCCCUCAAUAUGGGACCGCAACAGAGUGUGGGACCAUGGAAGCCGAUAAGUGAGUUAUUUGAUAACAAACAAUUUGUCAGGAUUGACCAGACUAUUACAAAGCCUGCGCUCAUCGACAUACAAGAUUGUUGCCCAAACUCAACAGUUUUCAACGUCAAGUUUCCCAUGUCGGGUUUAAUCGAAUUGGAAAAAGAUGGACUGGAUCUAUUAUCCUUUUCUGAUAUAACGGGCCUUCAAACCAUGAAGACCGAUUACAAGCCAUACGUUCAUGAUAUUGUCAACAUGGAAAAUCAGCUUACGUAUCAGAAUCUAGAACUUGAUUCCCGGAAACCAUUAAUCGAUUUUGUUGGUGAUUUGGUUCGAAAUUCUGAUAUUACAAUACAUGAAGACGGACAAGUGUCGUUGGCUGGCACUAGAACUGAUGUGAAGGACAUGCUUUCAAUUCUUGCUGAGUUUUAUUUGUCAAAGAGCACAACUAACUGGAGGAAGUCAUUGGUGCCCCAGUUUAAUAGGCUGGAUUAUGAUGCAACAAGCUAUUAUGGUUCUGCAUUGGAUCUUGAAAACGUGAUCGUUGCUCCUCCGAAGAGUCCAGAGAAAGUCAAACUGAAGUCAACAACAAAGAAGAAAGGAGCACGCCAAAAUACGAAAGUCAAACACAGAAGUAACCACUUUCAAGCCUGUGAAAGCCUUUUAUCAAUAAUCGUCGACAAGAACCGAAACGUCAAAUCUGCAAUACCCAUGUUAAAGAAAUCAGGCCCAGAGUUACCGAACCUCCUAACGCAGUUCUCAGCCAGCAUUGCAGGAACAGGAAUAGCUGUUCUAUUUUCAGUUGUGUGUAAAGUAGCUAGUGGCAGAGUGCCAUUUUGUUCAUCAAAACUCCUCAACACGGGCCUCGGGCUUGGGCUCGUGUGGCUCUCAUGGGCCGUGAACAGACUGAGGGAUACGAUCGUGAUGAUUAGCCGGAGUUCGAACAAGAAAAAGGGUGUGAAAGAGGGGGAAAUGAUGAAGAAGUUGGAUAGAAAUGUGAAGGAAAUAUACUUUAGAGGUGCAGCAUUGAUGGCAGUGAUGGUGUUGAGGCUUGCUUGAAGAGUUCAUGUGUAAUUUGUAAAUCUAUGGGGGGUAAAAUAGGGAAAUUGUUGUUUAGUCAAUUUUUGGUCAAUUGUUUUGAUCAAGUUUUGUGUAAUAAUAAACAUAUGGAUCAUGUAAAUUGCAACAAUAAUUUUGCGAAUUAUCGUAAGAUACGGUCAUUUUAAUAAACAUUAAGUUUAUAAUCAA